GUGAUGUGAGGGAAAAGGCGAGUUCGGAGAGUGCGUAGGAGCUUGUGUUGUGUGCGUGCGGGCUGCGGAUUUUGCGCGCUCCGUUUUCUCCGUGGCUCUUUUUAUUUUUAACUGGCGCGCCAAACACAUUAAUGACUUGGUAACCCCGCGGACCAUGUAAUCCUAACCCCCAAAAUCUUCCGCACUGUCCCAGUUCCGGACGCCAAAGAUCCUUACGGCCCAAGAUCCGGUUGAAGCUUCGAAGCUCCCAAAAUCACCGAUGCAUUUUUUCCUUCACCGGCAGCAGCACUAGCCAGAAUAAAAGAUGGCGGACCAACAGCGAGGAAUAUCACGGAUAAAUCCCAGCCCCGCAUGCCGCGACAUGCACGGGAGGGCGUCUGGCCGUGAGCAGCUCAAGCUGACCUUCAGCGCGGGCUCUAAGAAGUACCACGGGAACACAAGCAUCCCUGGGCUCGACUAUCCCGUUAGAACCGAACGAGUGUGGCUUCCCCCCAAGAUCCAUUCGUCGGGCAAGCUGAAGGUUUCGCCCGAGGUGGAAUAUGACUUCACGGCAGACGAUCUGACGGACCGAGGGGAGAUCGGUCGGGGCGCCUUUGGCACGGUGAACAAGAUGGUGCACCGGGGUAGCAGGCUCGAGAUGGCCGUCAAGCGCAUUCGCUCCACGGUGGACGAGAAGGAGCAGAAGCAGCUGCUGAUGGACCUGGAGGUGGUGAUGAAGAGCAACGACUGCCCCUACAUCGUGCAGUUCUAUGGGGCCAUCUUCAAGGAGGGCGACUGCUGGAUCUGCAUGGAGAUCAUGGACACGUCCCUGGACAAGUUCUACAAGUUUGUCUACGAGAAGCAGGGCCAGAGGAUACCUGAGGCCAUCCUGGGGAAGAUCACGGUCGCCACGGUGAAGGCCCUCAACUAUCUCAAGGAGAAACUGAACAUCAUUCACAGGGACGUGAAGCCGAGUAACAUCCUGCUGGACCGUGGCGGCAGCAUCAAGCUGUGCGACUUCGGUAUCAGCGGACAGCUGGUGGACUCCAUCGCCAAGACGAGGGAUGCGGGCUGCAGGCCCUACAUGGCCCCCGAACGGAUUGACCCGGCCAGGGGCAUUGGAUACGACGUCAGGUCGGAUGUCUGGAGCCUUGGAAUAACCUUGAUAGAGGUGGCAACGGGGCGGUUCCCGUACCCAAAGUGGAACAGCGUCUUCGAGCAGCUGACCCAGGUUGUGCAGGGGGACCCCCCGCAGCUGAGCCCCAACGAGAACGGAAACUGCUUCACCAUGGAGUUCGUCGACUUCGUCAACACCUGCCUCAUCAAAGAGGAGCAAGUGAGGCCCAAGUACAAGAAACUGCUGGACCACCCGUUCAUCCUGCGCGCGGAGUGCGACACGGUGGACGUGGCCUUCUACAUCAGCAACAUCUUUGGGCAGAUGAACGGCGGCACGGCAGCCGCGCCGCAGGAGUCUCCGCCGUCCUGUUAGGGAACAGCAGCCGCCGGGCCUUCCUACUCCAACGCACACCCGCGACAGCGCGACGUCGGCCUCACCCUCCUCUCCCGAACCCGUCUCUUCCUCGGUGGCACCCUCUAAGACCGCAUUCCACAGACGGACCGGGAAGAACCGGAUUGCAGACCCGCAGGCUUUGUCGCAUGGAUUCGGGUACUGCAGACUUCGAUCUUGAGAACUUGGGUACCGUGGUCUUGGAUGCUAUGAAUUUAGGUCCCAGGAACUUGGGUACUGUGUGCUUAGGUUUAAGGACUUGGGUACUGCGGACUUAGGUCCCAGGUACUUGGGUGCCAUGAACUUCGGUACUGUGAACUUUGGUUCUGGUUACUGUGGACCGAGGUCCUGGGGACAGGCACCAUGGACUUCUGUACCAUGAACUUAGGUCCCAGGGACUUGGGUACUAUGAACUUCGAUCCUGGGGAAUUUGGUACCGUGGACAUAGGUACGGAGGACUUGGGUAUUAUGAACACUGUCACAAAAACUUAGGUACUGUGAACAUAGGUCCCAUGGGCUUGGGUACUGUGAACUUAAAUCCCCGGUACCUAGGUGCCAUGGACGGUACCAAGGACUUGGGUCCGAGGACGAAGGUACCAUGGGCCUGGGUACAGGAGGUAUGGGUACUGCCCAUUCUUUUGAGUUUUUUUUUCGUCCCAGGAAGGCAUGCCAUAGUAUGACUUGAAUGUGUGAAAACCGCCGACAGAUAUGGGGAGUUUGGCUUGGUCGUAGGCGAAGCCAAGCCCACUCCACUUUGGCCCCUCAACCAUUAGGUCGUGAAGGACAGAGGAUGCCAACAUACCCAUUAUGAAAUUCUCUCAUGCGACUGUUCCUUCUAAGCAAUGUCAGUUAAUUUUAUUAUUUUACUGUUUUUAUUCUCAAAUUGAUUUUGUUAUGGGCUUGUGAACUGCACCAUUGCUUGCUGGUGCCAUAGCCAUUGUUCAUGCUUGUAACGGUUGCACAAAGAGAAAAGGGAUCUUACAGUUAUUAACUUGACUUGGCUUCGACCUUGACUACAAGGUUGAGCUUUUUGAAUAACUUGCAUAUUGCCCGUUUGUGGUUGUUCAGGCCGUUGCGACCUUGGGAAGCGAAAUGUUGCACAAGGCUUCAACUCUGAAGUUCGUUGCAUUUUUCUUUGGUUCCAUUGUCUUGUAGUGUUGGACCUCGACAGACAAAGCGUUUUAUAAAUGACCAAACAUCUUGUAUUUUGGAUUGGUUCUCAGUGUGAAUGUGUCUAGCACUUCCUUUGCAAGGGUUUGUGGUAACAAACAUCAUGUUCUUGGGGUGGGAAGCUUGAAACGGAUUAAAAACUGACAAGUUGUUGGGAUGGCAAAUUAAGUAUCUCUAAGAAAAAAAAAAUUCCACCCAAGUUUAAUAACUCUGCUUACCACUAUAUUAUUAUUUGCAUCCAUAGGAGUGUUCAGCAAACCUUAUUCUUAAGGACAUAGCAGAAGGUACAAUUGUUUCAGUUUUGCUGUGCCAUCUUCUAGAUGGGUUGGCCGAUGGCGCAGCUUGUUGAGGCGGAUUUUCUUAAGUUUCCAUGAUUGACACUGAUCUACGGAUGUCGGUUGCUUUGCGGGUGAGAGACCUCCAUUUAGUGGAUCUUUUUCGGCAGAUCCCCUUGUCUUGGACUCUUAUAAUAAUUUUUUUGACGGCGGCAGGAGGCGCGAGCCUCUUGCCCAACCUUGUUUCUCAUGUCACUGCCGUCCAUUGUGUUAACGAGCACCUCUUUUUUUUCUUUAUUGCUUCGUGGACUUUGUAACAAUGGGGUUCUUGAGGACUGUUUUUUUGCAUUCUAUGGUUUCGAAGCAUUCCCAUUAUUGCUCACUCUUCGGUUUGGGAGCGUUCUUUUCUCGCGAGCAUCCCUAAACCUUUUCUGUGCGUCGUCUGCUUCCACUAGUGCGGCCCAUUUUCGGCGGCGACCGCGUUCAUUCAUUCCACCCUCGUGGCCCUAAAACCCAUAGUCACAUGACCGAGAUUGAUUCGAGACCUUACCAGGAGCGCUCGAUCCUCGAGAACCUUUGUCGCCAACAAAAAUUUGCGAAACCUUUAGCUUUAGUGACUCUCACUGACUAUUGAAACAGAUGGGUUGUCACCGGAAGUUACCCCAGGGUCGUUUGAGAGGGAUUCUCGAACGCAGUCGUCAGCCACCUGUGCCCGCUUUCAGUAGGCGUCGUACUUAGAUUGACGUCUGUGUGCUUCUUGUCGGGUGACUGGCGGUUUGUCCGAAUCUGCGACGUCUUGAAGGACCCCGCGGUGUUGUACAUUUGUAAAUAGUCUCGUGUAAUCAAACACUCCUUUUCCGAACGUUCUCGGAGUAGUCGUGCAAGCUUAGUCUCCAAACAAAGGAUAAUGUGGCGCGCAUUCUUUCAGCAACUUUUAGCACGCAAGUAGUACAGAGUGCGGCAGUUUGGUUGUUCCGUAGCCUGCGCUGACCAUGGAGUUUUGUUUUUAUGGGCCUUACUGAUAAAGUGUGUGUUGCAAAGUGGGUGUGGGAUGUUUGGGAAAAGCCAAUCGAAUUCAUAUGGCAGAGAAGAGAUGGUCUUGGCUUGGAUUGGACUACCAUAUUCACUGGAGUAAUAGCCACACUAUUUAUAAACAAGGCCCUUGCGCCUGCUUUCCCGCAAAACACAUAUAGUAUACCCAAUCAUCGCAUUGCGUAUAGAUUACAUAGCGAAUAGCUGGACCGAGAACACGAUUCUCCACACAAAUGCAAUCUUCACAGAUGGCAUCUUUGCGCAAAGACGUUAUCUCUGUCCUGUAAACCGCUGGAAUCAUGCUGUCAAUUGCGGCGACUGGCAAUUCGCAUGCUCUGCGGAAAAGCGAACCCUCAGGUUUUUUUUCAUAAAUAGUGUGUCUAUUACUCGAGUAAAUACGGUAAGUGCCAGGUAUCUAUAUUGGCUUGACCGAGAUGGCCCACAAACUUGGGCUGUGAUUGCAUCACUUUUAAACUCGUACGAGUCCUGCUCAGCGGUUUUUGUUCCUCCCACCGUCGGUAGCAGCUUGUUUACGCACGAUUACGAGCACAGAAGACCGAAGCAGAGUCGUUUUGACGUCUGCCUCUUUCAAAGCCGAAGAAAGUGUGUGUGGGUGUAUGUGUGUUUUGUUUCUGCUUUUAGUGCAACGAGUGCAGAACAACUUUUUUACAUAUUUCUUCUCGGCGUGAUCUGUCGGGUUCUAGGCUUGCUCGCAGUCCACUCACUACACCACUAGUUGCACCGAUUGCACCGCAAGUGGAGGCUACAAAAAUGUGCAAGUGUUGCUCAGUUUUGUUUUUCUCUUAUUGUUAAAACAUUUUACAGCGUAGCGAUUGUUUGUCACGGAUGCGAUGAUAUUUUCGAGUAUUCAGUUUGUAUCAAAGUGAAUUUUAGUAAGAAUCCCUCUUUACUUUCCUUACAACCGUGCAAGCGACUUGAGGAAGAAUAUAUAUAUUUUUUUCCCCGCAUAUUGUGCGUUAUUAAAGUGCAACUUUUUUUUAUUUUCGAUUUUGCUGACCCUUUUGUAGCUGUGCCGCACUUCAUUCCGAAAUGGGUUUGAGGCACAGAUGCAACUUUUUUGGAGGAAGGAACUGUAGUCACUGGCAAGGUGAAAACUGCAGGGCGUCUCCUGUGAACGCCUAUCCUCCAGCACGGACUCAUUGACUUUUGCGGUGCUUUGGCAGCAUGCGCGUGAGGCUCACGUUGCCCGUCGCCGUUUGGUUUUCCUCUUUGCCUGCCACGGCCCGCACCGAAAGUCGCCAAUUUUCGCUCACGGGGCCCGGCCCAGAGUGCACGUCCUUCCACCAUGCGUCGCCCGCCAUCGCCUAGACCUUAGCCGCAGCAGAAAGCGUGUCCGAAAUAGGCCGGAAGGGUGCCGUUUGCUCUGCUUCAAAUGUCAUGGCAAAGGGUCUCUGGCGUUGCAACGGUUUCCCGUCGGGGACAAGCUUGCAGCAAGCUGCACCGAGAGGAAACAGUGAAUGAAUAAAGCGAGAUCUAGUCUGGAACAAA